UAAGAAAAAAAUCAAUCAUACAAUAUAUUUUUGCACCUAACUUCCCCUUUUGUAAGUAAAAAAAAAACUCAACCCCCCUCAGAUUUAACCCUUAAUUUUCUUAUAGCUGUUAUAAUGAAUAGCCGAUGCAAAAUUCAUCGAAAAAAAUGCGGUAAUUAUAUAGCUUACAUUAUAAUGUAAGAAAAUUGUCUUAAAAAUAAAUUUUCAGCAAUAUAACAAAAUUGAUGGCUUGUGGAUUUUUUGCAGUAUGUUAUCAAGUUCUUGAAGCAGUAUCGUCAAUGAAAUAAAACAAAGUUUACUUCAAAAAUGAAACUUCGAUCUAUAUAUUCACGUCGAACCGUCCUAAGCAUGGCGAUAGCCGGACUUAGGUUGUGCGGUAUUUGGAGCCUCGAUUCGUCGACGCCAGUCAGUCUGAAGCUCCUCCACAAUAUUUCGAAUAUUUUGGGCAUUAUUACACUGGCUAUUUUUGUAGGAACAUUAACCGCAGAUCUGAUGGGUAAUUUAAAUGAUCUUUUGAUCGCUACCGACGAUGGAUGCUACCUCGCUGGAAUAUCUGUUAUUAUUUUCAAAGUGUACAAGUUUCAUCGCCAGCACAAGAGAAUUAAAAACUUGACGGACGCAACGUAUCGCCCGAUUCAUGAAUUCAAAAAAUCUGAAGAUUCUGGAGUGAAAGAAAUUUUAGAAACUAACAAAUUUUACGAAGACCUUGGGUUCACUUUUUUUGUGACACUCGGAGGAUUUUUGGUUAUCGCGUUGAUAUUUUUCGUCCCAACUGAAGACGGUGCGUUGCCAAUACGGGCUCUUUACCCGUUUAACACGACAGUGUCCCCGAUGCACGAAUUGGCGUUCAGCCUGCAGAUUUACGCGGUAAGCUACGGUCUGAUGGCCAUAUUGAUGAUGGACACAGUCGGCUUGGGAAUAAUGAGAUGGCUCCAUGUCCAAUGCAUAAUUCUUGCCGCGAAUUAUAAAAAUUGCCGGCUGGAUAAUCAAUCCACUUACCUUAAAUGUCAGGAAAAUUCUGACGUAAUUCUGUCAUUUUCCACAUUUGAUGAACAAGAUAAAGAAAUUACAGGAAGUACCGAUUGUUUUGUCGCGAGAUUUAGAAGGUGCAUAAAGAAUCACCAGCGACUCUUGGAUACAAUUGACGAACUUAACGCCUGCUUUAGCAGCAGUAUGUUGAUGCAGCUGUUUGCAAGCUUCUCGAUGAUUUGCUUAACUGGUUUUCAAGCCGUUUUGGGCGCAACCACAAAGACAAGUUUAAUGAAGUUUGUUCUCUACUUGGGCGCAGCAUUAUCUCAGCUACUCUACUGGUGCUGGUUCGGCAAUGAAUUACUGUACGAGAGGGUGACAUUAUUAUCAAGUCAAUGGAUGUCAGGCUGGGAAAAUGAACUUGGUUCAAAUAUUCAGCCGUUGUUGAUCGUAUCGAUGAUACAGACAAUGCGACCAUUAAAACUACACGCAGGUCCGUUUUUCACGAUGUCCAUGGAAACGUUUAUAUCCAUUAUCAAGAGCUCCUACUCGUUCUUCGCCUUACUGACCACAAUGACUGACUGAAGAAGCACCAUCUUACUUGUUAUCAUUAUUAAUGUUGUAGUUUAUUAAAAUAGCU